AUGCAAGGCCACUCAUGGUUGGACCCCAUCACUGCCGCGGCUUUCCUGGACGACCUGGCGGCCCAGGAGUUCCAGCGGUGCCAGGAGUCCGUUGUGUUUGUUAGUGCCAACAUCACCGCGUGGACUCCGGAUAUCCUCAAAUGGCACCAGCCGCAAAAAGGGCCCCUUCUCAUCCAGGAGCUGCACCUGGGAGACGAAGGUGCCAAAAAGCUGCGCAUUGAGGCUUUAGCCAGAGGGUACCAUACUUUCCUCCCCCCGGUUGAGGGCCCCAGACCCACGAAAGGGGGACUGGCCACACUUGUGCCCAUCCAUCAACAGGGCCGUUUCAGAGGAGGGUACCUCUCUGACGAAGGGAUCGGCUUCUUGCUGGUCGAGCUCCCCAGGGUCCGCCAUUCCCUCCUUUUGGUCAACCUGUACCUGAAAUCAGGUGUUGGCAUCACAGGGGCGCCCAACCCGGAAGUCCUCGCCCGUUUGAAGCCCCUCCUGCGCCAAAACUCCAACUGGAUUGUGGUUGGGGACUGGAAUUUCCCCUCGCAGGAACUGGCGGAGACCUCCCUGCCAGAGGCUUUCCGUGGGCGGAUUGUCGCCCCUCCGGAGGCGACGAUCACCACAGGCAACUGUCUUGAGUGA